AUGGCUAGUGCAGAUUCCUUACAAUAUGACAAUGACUUCUGGCAGGACAGACUUGGUCCUGCCUCACAAUUCUCAACAGAAAAGAAGUGUCACCUUGUGUUCUUGCUCUUGAUAUUCUUGAUGCUCAGUCUUGCCAAUCUCCUUGAAUUCAUCUUCUCCAGCAAGCUCGUAAUUGUCAAGCAAAGAGUUGGAAAAUUUAUGGCAUAUUCAUUCAUGGGUACCACAGAUGAUACACGGUUUCCUCCUGCAAUGAUCUUCUGGCUAUGGCACGAAAACUACCCCAAGUCUCAUCACUGGCUUCAUGACAUGAUUCGGGAGCUUCUCAAGCUGGAGAGCAUAGCAGCAAAGUAUAAGGAGGCAGCUCCAUUUCUCUGGGGCAUUUUGCACACCUUUGCUGCAUCUCCCAACUAUUAUAGACAUCAGAAUCUACCCCAAACAACAGGUGAGGAGACUGAGAUUGUAACUGGAGAAGACUUCCAAGGCGUGGAAGAUUUGAAUGUAAUGGAUGACCCGCAAGAGGAUCCUGAGAGAGGAUCAGCCAGGUUUGCAGCAUUACCACCAGGCUUUCUGUGGUCACCAGAAUUUGCCAUUAUCAUGACAAUAUCCAUGCUGAUCUUCAUCCGCAAUUGUGCUACAAAUAUUUUGCCCAUCAUGCUCAGACUGUUCUUCAAAAUUAAUGGAACAAGCUCAUGUGUUUUAACUAUGCUGAGCAAUGUCGGUGUAUGCAUAUCUGAGGACACAGUUGAGCAGGUGAAAAAGAGACUUUCUGAGGAUGCCAUCAACCUUGCGGUCCAGGUCAUGACCAGCGACAAGCUUUAUGCUGUAAUAUUUGAUAACAUCAACACAUAUCUUCGAAAGUUCCAGCAAAGGGGGGAUGGAAAUCAUAUGCUCUCAGCGUUUGAGGCACACAUUGCACAGCUUAUAACACAAUACUGUCCUGGCAAUAAAAAUUGGGACAAGCGCACCGAGAUACUCACUGAUGUUGGUAAAAUGAUGCCAGAGGAUCAUCCAUUACAACUGAAGAAGACCAAGGCAUAUCCAUUGGGUGUUUUUGACAAGAAUGAGGGGUCUAAAAAAGGGAUUGUCAGAGUCUUGACAGCUAUUAAAGAUUGGUCGACCUUGACUGCAAUGAAAUGGGCCUCAAAGGUUCACACGUUGCUUGGAGACUGGCUCACCUCAAACAAUUUCCAUAGUGCUUGUGCUCGAAGGGAUCGCAUGGAUGAUGUUAAUGAUAUGGAGCGGCUAGCAUAUGGGCAAGAACUCAGUACUCUCUGGCAUUAUGCACUACAGGUGCACUUUGGCUUUUCCACAGACCUGACAUCCUUGGCUGCUCACAAAACCCUUCUUGGUCAUUCAUGGGAUGUUAAAAAGCUAAAUUAUAUGGCUGCAAAAUCACUCAUUCGACAUUCAUUGAUAGCGAGACUCCUACACAUGACAAUAAUCUGUGUAGGCUUUUCAACUUGGACAGAACUUAGCGGUUGGCAAUCUACAGCAGCAGACAUCAAGAAUAUGGCCUAUGAAAUAAACCUUCAGUAUGUCAGUCCAAAAAGCGCUGAAGAGGCACAAACUGCUGGUGAUGAUUGGCUUGCCUAUACUCAUCGAGGCUCUCAUCAGCACAAUUAUGCACAAGAAUGUGUUGAAGUCCUUCUCACAUGGCAAUAUAAACUCAAUGAUGCUCUUCGUGCCACUCUGGAACGUGCUUGGUUCUACAAUCAGUGGGGACUACCAGAAAGAUUCAUUGCAACAGAUCUAUACAUGGAACAACUGAACUACUGGGUCAAAGGAAGUGGCAUGAUCAUUCAAUACAUCAUUGAGAAGGGUUCCACAUGCGUUGAAGCAUUUCAUGAUGUCAGUCAUCAAGUCGCAAACUUUUUUGGGGAUCCCAAUCAAGCACACCGGUCCAAGGAGUCUUCAUUCAAGGAAGAUCUAAAAAGACUCAUUGAUGAGAUGGUGAGGCUGAAGCUACAUAACACUGAUGAACUGGAGCAGCAUCUGGUGCCUGCCACAGUCAGGACCUCAACAAGAUCUAAUAGGAAGGAUAAGGAGAAGUCAGUGAUUGUGGAUGUUCAGGUUGCAGGAGCAGAAAUUUGGAACGAUGGAAAAUUUGCAGACUUCCUAAAGAGGACAACAUAUGACCCCACCAUAGGCUACCCAAUCAGUGGUGGGGAUAGUCACAAUGCUGAAAGUUUGGAUGAUACAGACCCAUUCAUCACAGGAACUACUUCAUUCGAUGAUCCUAACAUCAAUCCUCUGGUCCAUGACUCAUUCAAUGACCUGCAUGGUGAUGAGGUAAUAGGACUCAGUUCAUUAGGUGGUGGUGGGGAGUACUACAAUGGCCCAGAGGGUCUGAGCUGA